GAACUUAUCUCGAUCGUUGAUUGUUGCAACAGUCGCCAACUGAGGCACUGGAGACAUUGCGAAUAGCUGGCGUCUAGAAUCGUCUCAGGUGUGUUUUCGAAGCGACGUCGACCUGGGGAAUCCGGAUUACACCUUACCCCAGCCUCAUACAGUCAGUGGUCCAUAUUGUGCUUGUAGGCAAGGAGCUCUUAAAGCACCUCUCAACCUGCAUGCUUUCACUCUUAUUGCUUCCAUAACCCCCAGCCAUCUGCGUCGACUGAAUUAUAUUGGGGGUUUUCCUCAUAUCAUCAGGCGUGUUCCUGCGACCUACAUUGAUCGGGAUUCGGAGAGUCGACGACGCGAUGCGAGAAUAAAGUCGCAACGCUUCCUUUACCGUCAACAACAGUCGCCUCCUCACCGGACACGUCCUUAACUCAGAUCACUUUUCUUUCCGGAGAGAGCGUCCUCAUAACCGUCAUUAUUUGUCGUGCCUCCCGCGCCGAUCUAUCAUGGCAACCCUAACCUCAUCGGCUUCUCGGCCGCAGUCACAGGUGGUCACCUCGACGACGAACUUGUCGGUCCUACCUCCAAUUAUAACAGAUGCUUCCGGGAAGACACAAAUCGGGCAGCGGACAUCGUCGUAUGCGAAAGAUCGUCUAUCGACGUACUCGAAUGUUUCCGCAACUUCUCAAAGUCGCUCUCGUCCCGGCUCGCAUGUGUUUCCAAUCUUCCAUUCCAGCUUGCCAUAUGCGCUCGUUCGGGAUUUCGCAUACCCUCCGAUCCACCCACUUCAUUACGGUCCUCUGCCACCCCGUGCCUCCGGUGUGUCCACUCCGGCAAGUGAACAUCGGCGGCUUUCGGACCCUCCCGCACCAUGGGAUAACUCGCGUGGUCAGUGGUCGUCGGGGCCUUGGAGAACGGAUCAGAGUCAUGGACAUCAGCAAUUACCGGCAAUGUCGUUUGGCGAUGGGCCCCCUUAUAGCGAAGAUGAAGAUUUGCAUAGCCCAGUGUUUUCCGCGUCCCGCCACCGCAAGAACAAGUCGACAGGGAUGAAUGCGAAUGGCCGAAGAAUGAGAAGUCCCGGUCGCGGCCAUCAAUCUGCCUAUUUCUCCGGUGACACUGACCGAGGAAUACUGGUCAGCAUGAACGCGGACGGCAGCGAGACUUAUUAUGUCAAUGAUGACGAUGAUGGGACAGAUGAUGGCCCUGGGGGAGAAUAUGUCACCUAUCCUCCGGAUGAGAGCCGACAUUCUCACAUGAGGAACGAAACUUACGGCGACUAUCAGGACCGUGAGCAUGAUGCAGGGUUCGAAUCUGAGGACGAUUGUUCCGGUGCCGACCGAUACUCGGGCGAUUUCCAAUUCGCGGUUGGUUGUCCCGAUGAGGAGAUGCAUGGCAAAGCGGUUGCGCUAUUUGAUUUCACCAGAGAACAUGAGAACGAACUGCCUUUGACGGAAGGACAGGUGAUUUUUGUCUCAUACAGGCACGGCCAGGGCUGGCUAGUCGCGGAGGAUCCAAAGACUGGUGAAAGCGGUUUGGUACCAGAGGAAUUUGUUCGGUUACUUCGGGACAUCGAAGGUGGCCUGACAUCGCUCAGCGUCGACCCAAGUCUCGAUACUGAGGAGGAUGAUAGCACAUACUUGAGCCCGGACUCAACCGACUCAGAGCAGGCCAUCACACCAACUCAGAAUGACCAAUUGCCUCUGAGCUCUGACAGGGGGUCUGUUCAUAUUGCCAACGGCGCAACGAAUUUGGAGAGUUCAGCCGUCAUCCCAGCUGGCGGCGGGGAGACCGAAUCGAACCCAUCACAUUUUCUGCACACCGGACAGGAGAUCGGCAGCACCCCGCCAAUCGAACAACCAAUGUCGGAGAAACAAAACGCAAAAAGGGAAAGCCAGAUGGGGAUCUUGGCGAAGCCAUGAGACAUGUCCUUCAACAUUGGGCUUGCGCGUCCUGGAUGGACUGGCUGCAGGUGGGAGAUUUCCACCUUGAGUCUGUCGUGAGAGUUGUGCGU